AUGUCGGUCAUCCAGAACGAAGAGCUGGUCGCAUAUCAGCUGCGCUGUGGCUACCUUACCGAAAUCGCCGAUGGCGUUGGCGAGCGCCUGAUUACCCUCAAUGAGGGGUUCAUGAACUCGUCAGCCUUCAAGGCCGUCGCAUGGCAAGCGAACCCAGACCUCGUCAAGCGAUGCUAUUCUCCUCCGAUCCCUACCGCGAUUGCAUCCGAGUAUUUCCAACCCCAGCGCCAGGUCGGCGUGACCCUCGAAGAUGAACCCGACGAGACUGGAAUGUUGACCGGCGGAGGAACUGAUACGCUGGGGCCCGGUCUGGCUACAAGGAGGAGACGGCGUCGCGAAACUCUGGAGGAUGACGACAGUAGCGAUCUUAGUGAUGAGAGCGACGAUGAUGAUCCUGGAACCAGAGCGGCGCAGCAGAUCAAGUUUGCAAAGAUGCCCGUCAGAUCGAGGGCCGGCUCCAGCCCGAUUCAAUCGUCCCAUAUCAAGCAGUCCCCAGCCAUGUCUCCCCGGGCAGCUCCAGGGGCACGGAGAGGCUCGCAGUCGGCUUUGGAGAUUGUUAAGGAGAGAGCGAGAAGAGACACGGUCACGAGCAGCGAGGUCUCCUCGGAGAAUGAGUUUGAUGCAUCUGGUUUCCAUCGGCAGAGAGAGGCUGCGAGAGCUGCGGCCAAGUCGGUCAAGCUCCAGGCUAGGAUCAUGGAGGAACCGAGCUUGGGGAUCAAGCGGGCCGGCACUGACUUGCUGCCGGAGGAGGAAGACGACUCUGAUGGUUCAGACAUGUCUGGAGCUUACGUCGAGAGUAUCGACUCGGCCUCGAUUCUUGAUGCGGUCGAGAAUCCGGAGCCGCUACCGCACAAACAGGUGGUCGGCACGCCUCCUCGAGAGUUCACACGAACUUCCACAAUCCGCAAAUCACAGGCGCCGCCCCGUGUCCUGCGUCCUCUUCCACCCCCUCGCCCGAUGAGCACCAUCCGACCCAUGAGUAUGAUUCAGCCAAAGAGUCUGCUGUCGGCCGCUUUGAGGGCCAGAAAGACCAAACCCAAGGUCCCGUUCGAAAACUUUGCGGCUCUAUCAGGUCAAGGAGAGAACAAUCCGAUCGCCGUCCGCAUCUAUCCGGCAUUCUCUGACAAUCCCGGCAAGCCGUUUGAAGUUCUCAUCCGACGUCAGGUACACCACGGCGAAGGUGGUGACCGGUCUGUCACAGUGGCCGACCUUAUUGGGCUCGCUCUGUGGAGAUACAACGAAGAGAAGCGAGAGCCGCCCAUCGCCGCCGAUAAAGCCAACAUCAACUGGUUCACAUUAAGAAUGGUGGAAGAGGAUGGCGAGGUCGACGACGACUUCCCAGCCUUUGAGCGCACCAAGGCCUUGACGUCUUUUACUACGGCGAACAAUCGUGCAGCAGGUCGCAUGCGCGCCAAUUCUAAGACCCACGACAACUUCGGUCUGGUCAUGGCCUCGCAGUCCGAGUUCGGCGAGAACCAGAGCAUCACGCCCCAGGCAGAAGAAGAAGAGGCCGCAGAGGAAAUGGUAGACGAAGACACAACCCCGCGCAACACGCCGCAGCCCAACGCUCACCAGUUCCUGCCCGUCGCGACAGAGCCUCGCCCGAACCCCGUCACGAAUACUACCUAUCGUCAACAGCAUAGUAUGUUCGCCGACGCACCUCAGGCGCCCGCCGCCGCGCCCAACACCAGCAGGGGCCAGCAGAAGCUUCUGCGCGUGCAUCUCCACUCGACGGAUGUGGCACCCGGCCAGUUGGUAACGCUGGAUACGACCACGGAAACCUACAUGGCUGAGGUUCUGGACAUGGUAUGUCGUAAGAGACAGCUUGACAAGGCCAAUCACGUCCUCAAAAUGCCCGGGGGCGGCCCCGUCAUCUUGCUUGAUACCAAGGUCCAGGCCAUCGGUAGCCUGUCCGAUCUGGAGCUGCAUCGUCGCCGCUUCGCUACCGACGGCCCGCUUGCAAUGACGGGUUCGCCAGGCAGCUCCUCGCCGAAGCUUCUCCCCUUUGUUGAUGGCCAGCCGGGACGCAAGGCGAAGAAGACGCACAUUAUGGGUAGCCACCCGCUCGCUCAGGAGGCGAUCAAGCAGGCGGAACUCACGAGCGCGUACCACAAGUCGUGGGUCGUUUGGCGCUUGCGCACCGUGCGGAUGAUAACACAAUCCGAAAAACGGUUCGAGAUUGACGGCGAGUAUGUACACAUCAAGCCGACUACGAGAGAUUCAAAGACUACGACGGCGCACAUUUCUCAGGUCAUUGGAUGCAAGGUGUCUAGCAAACAUCCAAACCAAUUCAAGGUUCUCAUCUACCGCGACACGGAAAGUAAGCGCUACGAUUUUGAAGCCAAAUCAGUCGAAGAAGCGCAUGAGAUCGUCGACGAGCUGAGGAAGGGUGUAUCUCAAGUUAUGGGCUAA